ACAUCGACACGUAUUGAUACCGCAUCAAGGCCGAGUUUGACGAGCGCAAGCUCGUCGACCCCUACUUUAAAGGCGUCUACAUGCAGCGCGGUUCGAAGGCGAUGGCGAACCAUUGGGGGCUCAUUCAAACGACGUGCAACAAAUGGCAAGGGAUCGUCGAGGAGGUCGCGGCUCGCCCGGAGAGCGGCACCAGCGUCGAGGAUCAGCUGCUGCGCAUGUUCGCCAUGUACGGCGAUGACAACAUCGACCAAGAGUUCAAGUACCUCCACGUCUUCAAGCGGAUCGACAAGUGCGAAAAUUGGGCGGAUAUCCGGUGCACCCUCGUCAAGGCCAAGGAGACGUACAAGCCGGACGAGUCGACCCCGGACGCGGCCGACGGGCGCACGUACGGCAACAAAGGGGCCAAGAAGGCGAAACGUGCCGAGUCGGCAGCCGCACGUGUGCAAGAGUCCAUCGAGCAUUGCCUCGCCGACGCCAAGACCAGAGCCGCCCUGCGAGAAGAGAAAACUGAGGCACGUUGGGCUGCUUUGAUGACGAACAGCGCCGUCAAACUCGACUUGCUCCGGACCAAUGUCGCCGUGAAGAAGAGGAACAACGAUCUGGCUUUCUUGAUGGGCGGCGCUGACAUGCUCCAGAGCGGCGCCGAGAAGCUCAAGGCGUGGUUUCUGGCGGAGCGCGGCCUCAUAUUGAACCAGAUACCAGCAACGCCUACGCCAACUCCCACGCCCACGCCAACGCCUUAGCCCAGCCCGAGUGAUGAUGCCUCCGCGACGCCCAGCAGCACAGAAGCCGCGCCGACCAGUCCAGAAGCCGUGCCGACUCCUCCCAGCCCGCGCACGCUGACGACUACGCCGGAGGCCGACCCUGACGUUUGAUGCAUUCCUUGCGUGUCCUUUCUUUUUGUGCGCCGAAUUUUUCAUUUGAUCGCCGAAUUGUGGCACAGUGAUGAUCGCCGAACUAUUGCACUGAUC